CGCGGCUCAGCCAGCUCUCGCCGCCACGCGCAAUUCACCGCACCCGCCCGCGCUAUCAUCCCACGCCACACACACGCGCUCACGGACGAACACACCCGCGCCACACGAUCCAUCGCCAACCCAACAAACCACUCUCCCGGUGGUCUCCUCUCCUCUCGCUUCCCAUCACCGUCACCUUCCCCCACACGCGUUCCCAAGCCCGCGCGCCUCCUAUAUAAUCCGCGGCUUCACCCGAAUCCAGCCAACUAAAACUACCACUUCUUCUUCUCGCAGCUCAACGACGACGUCUUCGUUUUCUUGGCUUGCUUGCUUGUGAGCUCGUGGCCUUGCCGUUGCUGGUUUCUUGACAUGGGCAACUACUUGUCGUGCACGAUGGCGAAGGUGCCAGGAGGGAAGGGGGCGAGGGUGAUACUGCCGGACGACGGCGGGUUGAGGCAGGUGGCGCUGCCGGCGACGGCGGCGGAGCUGAUGAUGGACGCGCCGGGCCACUUCCUGGCGGACGCGCGCGCGGCGCGGGUGGGCGCCCGCCUCGCCGCGCUGUCGGCCGACGAGGAGCUGGAGCUCGGCGCGGUGUACGCCACGUUCCCGAUGAAGCGCCUCGGCACGCCGCUGGCGCCCGCGGACAUGGCGCGCCUCGCCGCCGUGGCCACCAGGGAGGCCCGGCGCUCGGCCAAGGUGGCCGCCGCGGUCGUGGCGCCGCCGCCGACGCCGCUGCAGGCGGAGGACGCGGCGCCGAGGCUGCGGCUGGAUGAGAUGGUCGACGACGAGGCGGUCGCCGCCGACAUGAACGUGUACAAGCACCGGCUGAGCAGCGAGCGCUCACGGAGGCCGACAUUGGAGACCAUCCAAGAGGAGAACUACAUGUCGACAAACUAAAAUUAUACAGCUUAGCCAGCAGCUCACCUUUUUUUAAUUUUCUCUUUUAUGUGCGAUAUUGUUUCUAUUAUCUUUUCUGAGAUCUGAAUUGGAAAAGAUAUGUAAUGAAACAGAGAAAGAUGUACAGUCAAUUUUUGUAAAGAAAUCAAGAACACGUAGAUCAGGAUUGUCUUUUUUUAAAAAAAUGAUUGGGUGCAAGCACAAGCGAGUUAUCCAUUUUACUGCUUAUUUCCAUGCAUCCCAAAUUGGAACACUAUAUAAAAGCUUUUGAGAAAAAUGAAUGGACUGUGAAUAUAAUUGAGCAUCACAAUAAAAGAUUUAUUUUUUAUUUUUAUCUUUUGCUCUUCAAUCUUGAUUUGAUUUUUUAGUGGUACGAUAGAUAGAGUUUGUACCAUUUCUGUCUAUUUUAAAUAUUUUUAAUGAUGAUUUACUAAAAUCUGAUCCCAACAUUUGAAAAGAGUGCAAUAUUGCACUUUAAAGUGUGGCAAUAGUUCUCAUGUGCAAGAAAAAGAAAAAAAACACACAAUAAUGUUUCUUACAGAAGUACUGUUCGUCUAUCUCUGUUAUGUAAAUUUAUAAACCAAACAUCAGUUUUGAUUA